AUGCCAGCCAGCUCUACUGACAUGAGUCGCAGAGGAUCGCAUAGGUAUCAUCCAUAUUCUUCUAUUGCUGUUCCUCUCCAAAGGCCUGCCACUGACGGCGCAACACCGGGAAUAGACAUUUCAUUCCAGCUGGUUGUUUUCCUCCUUCUCACACAUCUUGGUGUACCCGCUCUACGACCAUAUACGUCGAAGUUCUUCAGGCUAUCUUACUGUAACCAGAGCACCGAAAAGUAUGGAAUUGGAUAUGAUGACCUCUACUUUAUAGCCUUCUGGAUUAUACUCCUCACGGGUCUAAGGGCCAGCUGUAUGAAGUAUAUUCUUGCUCCGCUUAGCCGACGGUGGGGAGUAUCAAAAGCCAAAGAUGCCACUCGGUUUGCGGAGCAAGGAUGGAUAUCCUUGUAUUACAGCAUGAUGUGGACACUAGGCAUGUACCUCUAUUAUAAGUCACCGUAUUUCCUCAACAUGGAGGAGCUGUGGACCGAAUGGCCUCAGAGGGAAAUGGACGGCCUGGUUAAAGCAUAUUACCUGGGACAGUUGUCUUUCUGGAUUCAGCAAGUGCUAGUGAUCAACAUCGAGGACCGGCGGAAAGACCAUUGGCAAAUGCUAACCCAUCAUUUCGUAACAAUCAGCCUUAUGGCAACCUCGUACGUCUAUCACCAAACCAAGGUCGGACACUUGAUUCUAGUGCUCAUGGACGUAAUUGAUCUCUUUCUGCCAGUAUCAAAAUGUCUUAAAUAUCUAGGCUUCACCACAAUCUGUGAUAUCCUGUUUGGGCUUUUCAUUGUAUCGUGGCUCUUUGCGCGCCAUCUGCUAUUCUUGAUUACUUGUUGGAGUAUCUAUACUGAUUUCCCCCGAAUAGGACCGUUUCCAGUUCCAGAGAACUGGGGGUAUUUGAUCGAGCCUUUUUAUGAUCCAGCAGGAACAGUGUGUAUGAACAAUACCAUCAUGUAUAGCUUUCUAUCAUUUCUUCUCCUGCUUCAGGUCUUGAUGGUCAUAUGGUUCGCAAUCAUUGCGCGGAUCGCCAUACGGGUGUUGGAGGGCAGGAGAGCAGAUGAUCCUCGAAGCGACGGUGAACAGGACGAACUAGUGGAGAAGGAACAAAGGAAUAACGAAGCACCCCAGGGGUCGGCCAAGAAUAUCAGCGGAAAUGCGGUAAGCCAGGACAGGUGGCAACAACACACCGGUGGACGCCAGCGGCGUGCUCUUCGCCAGCCCCCAGGUUGGACUCAGGACACUCUAGCCAGUGUGGUUUAUGCAUUGCUCGGGUCAAUUACAGUGAUUGCAUACUCAUUCUUCGGUAGAUUGGCAGUGAAUCCGGCGCGAGGACAAGGGAACCCGAUCGGGUGUAUGGGUCGCCAGGUCGCCAGGCCGUACGUAUUUCUGGUUCUUACCAGUAGCGGACCUGGUUAA